UCUCCAAUCUGCAGUAUCUAGACUUGUCCAAUGACUUCGAUCACAGUUUUGUGGUUCCGGUUAAUGAAUUUAGCAUUGGUGAUGCACUCUGGAUUUCUCACCUUUCUUCUCUAAAGCAUCUCAACCUGAAUUACGUUAAGUUUCAAAAUGGAACUCACUGGCUGGAAGCUCUGAACAUGCUUCCUUCUAUCGUGGAGAUAUAUUUAUAUUCCUGUGAAAUUCAAAGUGUUCCCUUUUCACUUCCACAUGUGAACUUUACAUCACUGUCUGUUCUUGAUUUGUCCUAUAAUUUCAUUAACUCUACGAUGCCCUCUUGGUUAUCCAACAUAAGUGGCCUUGAGCACCUUGAUCUCAGUGAGAACAACCUUCAGGGUAAUAUUCCACCGACCUUUGGUAACUUGGCUUCCCUCGAGGAACUUAAUUUAGCUAACAAUCCUCUUCAAGGAGGAAUACCCACUUCGUUCAAAAAUCUGUGCAAGCUGCAGAAAUUAAUAUUGUCAGGCAUCAAUAUCAGCAAAGAUUUGUUAGAACUCGAUGAAAUUUUCUCUGGUUGCAUCAAGAUGAAAUUAGAGAUUCUGGACUUAUCCAGAACGAAUAUUAGUGGACAGCUGCCUGAAUGGUUAUUCCAACUCAGGAAGCUUAAAUCACUCCAGUUGGAGCAGAAUCUGAUUUCUGGGCCUAUUCCUGUAUCAAUUGGACAACUAGCAUCACUCCAAGAGCUCUAUCUUAGGGCAAAUCAGUUGAAUGAAACUAUACCAGAAAGUGUGGGGCGGCUGUCUCAGCUAGUUGCUUUGGUCCUUGAGAACAACGUUUUGGAGGGUGUAAUGUCUGAGGUGCAUUUUGGAAACCUUACAAAAUUGAAACAAUUAUUAUUGUCGUCCAACUCACUGGCUCUGAAGGUUAAGAGCAAUUGGCUUCCUCCUUUCCAGCUUAAAACCCUUUCGAUGGGUUCUUGCAUACAGGGCCCUGAGUUCCCCGCAUGGCUCCAGUCACAAAUAAACAUUUUAAUAAUUGAUAUGUCUAAUGCUGGUAUUAUUGAUGCUAUGCCAAACUGGUUUUGGAGCUUAAUUUCCACAGCAGAGUACGUGAGUGUCUCCGGCAAUCAGAUCAGUGGCCACGUACCCAAUUUAUUGGAUUUAAACAACCUUGACCUGUUGGAUUUAAGUUCAAACCACUUCGAGGGUCCUCUUCCAUAUUUUCCUCCUGGAAUGUAUUUUUUAGAUUUGUCAAAUAAUUCAUUCUCGGGAACAAUUUCACUUGACAUCAUCAUGAAUAUGUCUUACCUCUCAUAUUUAUCGCUUUCAAAAAAUAAUUUAAGUGGCCAAAUUCCCUUCUCUGUAUGCCAACUGCAGGCCUUACAGGUUCUUGAUCUUUCAAAAAAUACGUUAUCAGGAGUGCUCCCCAAUUGUUGGAAUAAUUCUUCAAGAAUUAUAGUUAUGGAUUUUUCAAGCAACAACAUAUCUGGAGUUAUUCCUAAGUCAAUAUGUUCCAUAGCAUCACUUCAGUCGUUGCACUUGAACAAUAAUAGUCUAUAUGAAGAGUUGCUCCUGUCGUUGAAAGAUUGUACGAAACUAGUCAUUCUUGAUGCUGGACAUAAUGAUUUGAAAGGUAAAAUUCCAACUUGGAUUGGCGAAAAUUUAACUAGUCUGAGGUUCCUCAAUCUACGAUCAAAUAUGUUGGACGGAGAUAUUCCUCCAAAUCUUUCAAAAUUAAGUGCUCUCCAAUUUCUCGACCUUGCAGAUAAUAAGCUGUCGGGAACUAUUCCAAGGAGCUUUGGAAAUUUUACUGCCAUGAAAGUUAUUGGAAAGUUUUCCAGUAGUGGGAUGACAGAUGCAAUGAGUUACGAGGAGCAGAUGCUAGUAACAACUAAAGGACGAACUCAAGACUAUGAGAAGUCACUUUCGCUUAUGAAUAUUUUGGACCUCUCGGAUAAUAACUUUUUUGGAGAAGUACUCGAAGAACUCGUAAAUCUUUCUGGCUUAUUCAGUUUAAAUUUAUCUGGAAAUCAUUUCACUGGAGAAAUAAUCGAAAAUAUAAGUAAAUUACAACAGUUGGAGUCCCUUGACUUGUCAAGGAAUAAUUUUUCUGGCACAAUUCCUUCUGGCCUCGCUGCCCUGACUUAUUUGGCUCACUUGAACAUCUCAUACAAUAACUUGUCAGGGGAAAUUCCUCUUGGUAAUCAACUUCUGACCUUCAAUGAUCCAUCUAUCUAUAUUGGCAAUCCUGGUCUUUGUGGAUUUCCUCUGAAUCAAAGUUGUAAAGACAGUGAGACAACACAAGGUCAAAGUAAUGCAGAUGAUAGAGAUGAGAAUGAGAUGAUAUGGUUCUACACGAGUAUGGCACCAGGAUUUGUUGUUGGUUUUUGGGCAAUCUGGGGUACCUUAAUACUUAACAAGAAUUGGAACCUUUACUACUUCCGAUUUAUAGACAACAUGCUUGACAAAGUAUAUAUGUUUACCGUACUGAAAGUUUCUAGGAUCAGAAAACGUUAUUGUUCCCAACAAGGAUGAUAAAUUUGAACAUCAAUAUCUGUUGUAUGAGAGUUCAUCUCA